AUGGCACAACGCGAGAGCGACAUCAUCGACCCCUUCGCCGCGAGGGGGACGAACACCGUCCCGCCCGGCACCUUCGACACCGACUUCCUGACCGCCUCGCCCCGCGCCGGCGCAGGCACAGCAACCGCCUCUUCUGCCGCCGGUAUCUCGAAUCCACGUUCUGCGCCGUUGCUGAGCAGGACGAGCGGGAGGACGGGGACCAGCGGGAAGAGUGCCGGUGCGACACCGUGGUAUCUGUCCUGGGCCGGGAUCAUUGGACUUGUGCUGGGAUUGUUGUUGGCGCUCGGCUUGGGAGUCGGUUUGGGCGUCGGACUUGGCACGAAGCACAACAACAAUGAGAAGGCGGUUCAGGCGAAUGGAACGAACUCGGGCUCGACCGUCACCUCCUACUCGACCCUUUCGAGCGUGAUCACCGCCGAAGCUUCGACGACCGUUAUCGGCGUCACUGUCUCGAACAAUCAGACCGCCGGCGUUGCAACCGAGACGCAGACAAUCGGCGGCUCGACCGUCAUCGUCCAAGUCCCGGGCGCCGCAACUCGCACCGCAAUUCCCGUCGUCACCGUUUCCCGCACGCUUGCGCCGUCGACUCGAAUCGAGACGGUGUUCGCAACGACGUUCGCGAGCACGCAGACGAUCACGACAACGGUCCAGGGCGGAGCAGCGGCGACGGUCACGCAGGUCUUGACUCUGACGCGGACGGUCACGGCUGAAGUGCAGGGUGCGAGGGCGAAGCGCGAGCGCCGGGGCGCCAAGCGCGGCAUCGAAGUGGAGUAG